AUGUUUCUAAAGGACCUACAACAUUCCACACGUGGCAGGCGCUUGUGCGAGCCGUCUUGGAUGAACUGGACUGUAAUGUUGCUGUAUGACUUACUUACAUUGUAUGUUCAAAUACCCAGUGCAAAUGCAGGUAAACUUUUUAAGUGACGAAGGGUGAAAUCCUGAGCAUAUCAACAACCUGUGUCAGUGUCAUGAUUUGUCUGACUGCCUACAUUUAGUGACAUGGUGUUGCAUGACCACCAACAUUUUCGUGUCAGUGACAUGAUGGUGCCCGGCUGGCUAAUAACAUCCAGUGUCAGAGUCUCCAUGUGGUGAUGAGUAUAGGGUAAACGUAAUUAGUUUGAGAACUGGUGAAUGGGACAUGGUGAACUUUGGUCCGAUAGGCUUUCCUAGUUAGAGGAAAUUAAGAAUAUAAAUUUAACUUUACAUAAGUUAUAGAAUGUGGUAAACAAUUAUAGCCAUGAUAGAGAAGAUUAGAAGGACCAAUGGAGGACUUGAAAUAGAUAUGGGUACAUUAGUAGGACCAACGGAGGACACGAAGUAUAUAUUAGGGAAAUAAGUAGUACCAACGGAGUACUUGAAGUAGAUAAUAGGGAAAUUAGUAGGACCAACGGGGGACUUGAAGUGGAUAUUAUGGAAAUUAGUAAGACCAAUAAAGGACAUGAAAUAGAUAUUGGGGAAAUUAGUAGGACCAACGGAGGACUUGCAGUAGAUCUUGGGGAAAUUAGUAGGACCAGCGGAGGACUUGAAGUAGAUACUAGGGAAAUUAGUAGGACCAAUGAAGGACAUGAAGUAGAUUUUAGGGAAAUUAGUAGGACCAGCGGAGGACUUGAAGUUCAUGUAUAUGAUUUUGGAUGAUCUGCAUGGCGAAAUAUAUUUGAGGAUGAACUAUUUGCUAUGUUCAAUUGUGUGGGAUUAUCAAGUGGAAAUGUGCUAAAUGAUGUAAAUAGGACGAUACUAUGGAAGUGAGGACUUGAUAUGGGGACUCUGAACAGGAGCGCAUGGGCCCUUUUUGACAGUGGUGUUAAACAUUUGAGCACUCAUCGGAUUUUAUUCAUUUAUAAAGGUAUUUGGACGCCAGCAAGUUCAUCCAAGCCACCCCAACACCCAAGCCAGCUACGCCCCUGAAUCUGAAAGGGUGGAGGAAAGGAUAUUAAUGAAAUUCAUUUGUAUUGAAAUUGUAUAAGAUGGUAAUGGGUAUGAGGUUGAAGAUUCAACACUUUUGAAAUGUUACAUCUGGCAACGUUCAUUAUAACGGGAUAUCUUAACUGAAGUCACACAAAAUUAUUAUUAUUCAUCCUUGUUUUCAUAGAGCUGGUAUCUCAAGCAAGACAAGCACACACUGGCUGGAGUGAUUGGGGUGCUUGGAUGUGUCGAGAUGUGUGUAAGAACAGCUCUUAUGUGAGGAGAAGGUAGGCGUUUGCGUGGGAACCGCUCUUAAGAGAGUAGAAGGUAGCUGUAUAUGUGUGGGAGAUGAGGUACUAUAUCUGAGUGGGAGGGUGAGGUAUUGUGUAUAUGUGUGUGAGGUGAGGUAUUGUGUAUAUGUGUGGGAGGGUGAGGUACUGUGUAUGUGUGUGGGAGGGUGAGGUACUGUGUAUGUGUGUGGGAGGGUGAGGUACUAUGUAUGUGUGUGGGAGGGUGAGGUACUGUGUAUGUGUGUGGGAGGGUGAGGUAUUGUGUAUAUGUGUGGGAGGGUGAGGUACUGUGUAUGUGUGUGGGAGGGUAAGGUACUGUGUAUAUGUGUGGGAGGGUGAGGUAUUGUGUAUGUGUGUGGGAGGGUGAGGUACUGUGUAUGUGUGUGGGAGGGUGAGGUACUGUGUAUAUGUGUGGGAGGGUGAGGUAUUGUGUAUGUGUGUGGGAGGGUGAGGUACUGUGUAUGUGUGUGGGAGGGUGAGGUAUUGUGUAUAUGUGUGGGAGGGUGAGGUAUUGUGUAUGUGUGUGGGAGGGUGAGGUAUUGUGUAUGUGUGUGGGAGGGUGAGGUACUGUGUAUGUGUGUGGGAGGGUGAGGUACUGUGUAUGUGUGUGGGAGGGUGAAUGUGUGGGAGGGUGAGGUAUUGUGUAUGUGUGUGGGAGGGUGAGGUAUUGUGUAUGUGUGUGGGAGGGUGAGGUACUGUGUAUGUGUGUGGGAGGGUGAGGUACUGUGUAUGUGUGUGGGAGGGUGAGGUACUGUGUAUGUGUGUGGGAGGGUGAGGUACUGUGUAUGUGUGUGGGAGGGUGAGGUAUUGUGUAUAUGUGUGGGAGGGUGAGGUAUUGUGUAUGUGUGUGAGAGGGUGAGGUAUUGUGUAUAUGUGUGGGAGGGUGAGGUAUUGUGUAUAUGUGUGGGAGGGUGAGGUACUGUGUAUAUGUGUGGGAGGGUGAGGUACUGUGUAUGUGUGUGGGAGGGUGAGGUACUGUGUAUGUGUGUGGGAGGGUGAGGUAUUGUGUAUGUGUGUGGGAGGGUGAGGUAUUGUGUAUGUGUGUGGGAGGGUGAGGUAUUGUGUAUGUGUGUGGGAGGGUGAGGUAUUGUGUAUGUGUGUGGGAGGGUGAGGUACUGUGUAUGUGUGUGGGAGGGUGAGGUACUGUGUAUGUGUGUGGGAGGGUGAGGUACUGUGUAUGUGUGCGGGAGGGUGAGGUACUGUGUAUAUGUGUGGGAGGGUGAGGUAUUGUGUAUGUGUGUGGGAGGGUGAGUUAUUGUGUAUGUGUGACGGAGGGUGAGGUAUUGUGUAUGUGUGUGGGAGGGUGAGGUACUGUGUAUGUGUGUGGGAGGGUGAGGUAUUGUGUAUGUGUGUGGGAGGGUGAGGUAUUGUGUAUGUGUGUGGGAGGGUGAGGUACUGUGUAUCUGUGUGACAGGGUGAGGUAUUGUGUAUGUGUAUGGUAGCACGUCAUCUUACCAAACUAUUUGGGUUCCGGUGUUUUUUGGAAUACUAUUUAUCUCAGAUAACUUGCAGGGAAAGGUUGCACUAAUAAAGGGAAAAGAAAAUUAACUCUUCUUCUCCGAUAGUUAUACACGUAUCAUGUUUUAUGCCAGUGUUUCUCAAAAGUUUUUGGCCCGUUUUAACAUUUUAUUAAGUUUCAUGGACCGCGUCCCCGUUAUUAAUAUUUAAAAAUUUUUAAAAAUUACUUUUUUUCAAAGUUUUCGUGGAUCACCUUAAAAUAUGCUCGCCCCAGCCCCGGGGCCCAUAAGACCCACGCUCAGAAGCACCGCUUUAAUAUUUUAAGUAUUAACCAUUCCGCACGAUGUAUAAUGGUCAGCUGACUGAUGUCAAAAACCUGUGAUGACUUGAAUAAUUUUUCCUGCGAAAAUAGUUCGUUUCUAAAAAUAGAUGCUUAGGAUAAAAUCCGAGUUCAUUUUGUAUUUGCAGGCAUGUAUACUGCGAUAAAUAUAAAUUAGAGGUUUGCAGACCGCGUUAUCUUAACGUAGCAAGAGUUUACCAGAUAAUAAUAUUUUUAUAAAAACUGAUUUUAAAAGACAGGGGAUGUUCUGACACCCGACAAUGCGGGUAGUCGGCCUUUGGAUAAUCGAUGCCCCGCUGUAGUUGGUGGGCGUGUGUUGACGAAGCAAUGUAUCUAGGGAUAAGCUUCAGAAUACGGACUAAAGUUUGUAAAUAUUUUCCAAAACUGGCAACAAAAAAAAACAAUUCAAAGAUGAAUCAAUGACUUGCUCAUAUACUGCAGGGUUUGUUCAAGUCAGAAUGACUCGAUUUGUGCCGGAAACAAGGAGAUGACCAAACCAGGUCUGUGCGUGACUAACGUAACAUGUCCAGAAGGUAAGUACCACAAGCUAUUUUAAGGUGAGUCAAACAACGAUAUAAUGUAAUGAAAGACAGGACAUGUAAUGACUUUGAAUACCACAAUGACGUCAUCUCAACUUAUUAUUCUUGGUGACUUCCGGUUAGCAACAAGAUGGCGGCCUUUCAAAGUUUUGAAUACCGAUAUUGUACACAAAUCAAGAAGAAACUGUGAAAUGAUUAUCAUAAUUCCAAAAUUCAAUUUCAGGGAAGUCACAGUUGUCUUGAGCUUGAGACUACGCCUUACAGGCAUGUAUAGAAUCAAGCUCUUGAUCAUAUUGUAGUUUUAUAUGUGUUCCUGUUUUCCUUGCGUAGUCGGCCAUCUUAGCUGUCAUCAAAAUCAUUGCUCAUGCAUGCUAAUGAUACGCUUGGCGACACACCCCGGCUUAUGUUCUAACGCGAUCGAUUAUUGUCAAUUAAUGUCAAACGCAUACUCUUGUCUGCUAAUUUGGUGUAUCGACUGAAAGAACUCUCCAUUGGUCGAGGUCUGCCCUAUCAUAGUGGUGGACGGAAAGUUGGUGCACGACGAAAGAAGAAGCGCCUUUAUCGAGCAGGUUGUCGGAAACAGCGUCCACUGAAAAACCACCAUGGCGAAAGCCAUGUCAACAUUAUUGGUUGUGGAGAUCGUCAUGUAAAGCCUUUAAACGAGGCUGUCGGUAACGAUGGAAAUCAGUCACAUACUGUGUCCUCCAUCGCGACCAUUCCCUACGUGUCAAUCCUAAGAGCACGGCCGGUGGCUCAUGAUUUCACACCGCCUCGACGGGGCGUGACGAGAUCAAAUUUAGUUGUUGCGUACUGCCAGCAUGCUGUGAAGCCGCAAUCACGGCAUUUUGGGAGUGCUAUAUUUCAACUCCCAGUCCUGCAGGAAUAAGACGGCCGAGGUGUGUGAUCUUGUCUUGGAGAGCAGGGCCGACAUUGUGUUCAUUACUGAGACGUGGUUUAAACGUGUCGGAGAUUAGGCGAAACUUCAAGAAAUUACACCUCCGGACUACGUCCUUCACUCUUGCCCACGGCAGUCGCGCAGUGGUGGUGGUAUUGCCGUCCUUUACAGGAACUCGCUUAAAAACAGUGUGGCCUUCACAAAAUCGGACGAGUUUGUUUCAUUUGAAAUGUGCAAAAUGCAACUUGAUUACGGUGAACAAGCGAUGACGUUUCUGCGCAUAUACAGGCCACCUCCAAAUAAGCAAAAUAAGUUGAAGAUCUGUCAGUUAACUGUGGAGUUUAUACAACUCCUUGACAUGUACGCCACCCCCAACAACAAUGUCAUCAUAAUCGGCGACAUAAACUGCCAUUUUUACUCCACCACCGACAGCUACGUGAAGACCCUAAAAUCAGCUCUCGACACACACGUAAUGACUCAGAUUGUCAGUGUCCCGAUAAGAGGUCACAUCCUAGAUUGGCUGGUUGUCAGAGAGGACCGGGUAGCUAUGAUCCAAAACCUCAUUAUUGAGGACAAACGUAUUUCUGAUCACUUCCCAGUCACCUUCGACUUUGACUUGAGGAAGCCAGGACGCCUUCUGCGCCCAGUAACAUCCCGUGACCUCCAAAAGAUAGAUCUAGCAAACGUUUAGAUAUGACGUCGCAGCCCUUGGGUGCAGUGAAGAUGAUCCUGCUACAGACUACAACAGUGGCCUCAGAGUUAUUUUAGACAAACAUGCACCACUGUCCACACGGCAAGUUACGGACCGCCCUUCCGCCCCAUGGCUCACGCCCGAAAUUAAGGACGCUAAGCAGAAGCAGCGACGUGCAGAACACCAAUUGCGGAAGUCGGGCUUGACUGUGCACCACCAAAUCUUUGUUGACCACAGGGAACGAACUAAGAAGUUGGUCCUUGCAGCUAGGACUGAGUAUGUUAGUCAUCAGAUUACAGGCAGCGGCUCAAGCAAGGACUUAUUUCGCAUUGUGGGUCAGCUGACCGGUAAAAACAAGACUACAUCUCUGCCAAAUAACAUUGCUGUAGAAGAGCUACCAGACGCUCUAAAUUACUACCUUAUUACAAAAGUUAAGAGGAUCAGGGUGAAACGUGACAAUUGCAUCAAUACUGCUCCAGAAUUCUCACUCUUCAACGGCUCUUCUAUGGGUGAAUUUGUUGAGGUCAGUGAAUUGAAUGUGAGGAAAAUCCUCGCUGAUACCCCAAGAAAGUCAUGUUCGCUUGACCCUCUUCCAGCAGGGCUCUUGUAUGAAUGUCUGGAUGAAAUAGUGCCCAUCAUCACUUAUAUCACAAAUCAGUCCUUAGCUACUGGUAUUGUUCCAUCAUCUUUUAAAGAAGCGAUCGUCACUCCACUAUUAAAGAAAUCAAAUCUUGACCCAAAUGUGAUGGAAAAUUAUCGCCCCAUCUCAAAUCUACCAUUUAUUUAUAAAAUCUUAGAAAAAGUCGUUCUCCGCCAAAUCCUGGAUCACCUCACUCAGUUUGACUUGUUUGAACCAUUCCAGUCAGCAUACAGGGCGCAUCACUCUACUGAGACAGCCUUGUUGUGCGUCGUAAACGACCUUCUGUCGUCUUGUGAUGAGGGCCAGGUAUCCAUUUUGUCUUUACUAUAUUUAUCGGCAGCUUUCGAUACGCUCGUCCACGGCAUACUGCUCAAGCGUCUGCAACAAACGUUUGGUCUCACUGAUACCGUCCUGCGUUGGUUCCGAUCGUAUCUGACUAAUCGGUCCAGUCAGUUAUUUUAAAUGGUUUGACCUCGAAGAAAUCUAAUAUUGAAUUCGGAGUACCCCAGGGCUCGGUCCUAGGUCCGGUGCUUUUCACGAUGUACAUUCAGCCCCUGGGUGCAGAUAUCAGACACUUUGACAUGUUGUAUCACAUGUUCGCGGACGAUACACAACUUCAUCAAUCCGUGAUCCGUUCUCAGUUCCCUCAGCUGCUCAGUAUGCCACAGAAGACAAUGGAGUCGGUUAAGCACUGGAUGGCCAUAAACAAGCUCAAAUUAAAUGAUGAUAAGACUGAGCUGCUCCCCAUCGCCACCGCUCAGAAGCAAAAAUCUGCAAAUAACACGACAUCCAUUGCUCUCUCAGGUGUACGUAUUGAGUUAGCUCAAACAGUGCGGUACCUGGGUGUCUACCUAGAUAGAAGACUAACUUUUGAAAGUCAUAUUAACAUGCUAUGCAAGGCGAUUUUUCUGGAGCUGCGCAGGAUUAGUCACAUCAGGCCCUUCCUAACAAUUGAUGCCACAAAGAGGCUGAUGUCUGCAUUUGUGCUAUCACGCAUGGACUAUUGCAAUGCUGUCAUGGUGGGUCUUCCAGCUACGCUCCUGGAUAAAAUUCAAAUAGCACAGAAUAAUGCGGCUCGCAUUGCUCUCCGCAAACGCAAGUUUGACAAUGCAAAAACACUUCUGAGAGAGUUGCACUGGCUGCCGGUGCGUGCUCGCAUGGAGUACAAAAUUGCAACUUUGUGCUACCGCUGCUUACAUGACUUGGUGCCGUCCUAUCUGAAAGAGCUGCUGACGCCUUAUGUACCCACUAGACGACUCCGCUCAUCCGAUAGUGGUAAACUCUCGACACCACGUGUUUUCCUUGAGACUUACGGAAAGCGCACUUUCACAUUUGCUGGUCCAACAAUUUGGAACGCCCUUCCUGUCGAUCUCAGAAACAACCAGACACUGGAGUCCUUUAAAACCGAUUUAAAGACACAUCUAUUUCACAAACACCUUCUGGGAUGAUUGUCUACCUUAUUUUCCAGUUAAUGCAUAAUGGAUGUGUUGCUUAUGGUUGAAAUGGCUAGAAAGACUUUGCCAUUUUAUGCUUGUAAUUAGUUUUUGUAAUGUUGCCUUUAUUUUAAAUGUGGUAAAUUAUAGAUUUGUUGUUUUUUUGUUGACUUUGUACCGCGCUCCGAGCCUUUGGGGAUGAAGCGUGUGUUUUUGAAAUAAAAUUUAUUAUUAUUAUUAUUAUUAUUGUCUUUUCAAAAUCCGGAGAAUCCAUACUUUGGUUGAAAAAAUACUACCAUAAUGAAACUUUUAUUAGACUGUUGUUGAAAACUUCGAUAGAUUAUCCUAAUUGGAGAAUGAACAUACACAAUGUUGACACACAUUGACAGAUUGUCCAGUUGGAAGGUAUGGAGUUAACUGUUGGGGAGAAUGUGGACAUUGCACUUCAGAAUGCAACAAAUCAACGGGAGAGUGCAGUGUGUGUGAACCUGGAUGGCAGGAACCCAUAACAAGCUGCGAUACAGGUCAGAGGAGGGGUGAGGAGAGGAGUGUAGGAUUGUAGGGUUAGGAGGGUAUGGUGAGGAGGUAGGGUUAGGAGUGUAUGGUGAGGAGGUAGGGAUGGGAGGGUAGGGUGAGGAUGGUAGGGUUAGGAGGGUAUGGUGAGGAGGUAGGGUUAGGAGGGUAGGGUGAGGAUGGUAGGGAUGGGAGGGUAUGGUGAGGAGGUAGAGUUAGGAGGGUAGGUUGAGGAAGUAGGGAUGGGAGCGUAGGGUGAGGAGGUAGGGAUGGAAGGGUAAGGUGAGGAGGUAGGGAUAUGAGGGUAGGGUGAGGAGGUAGGGAUGGGAUUGUAUGGUGAGGAGGGAGGGAUGGGAGGGGAGGGCGAGGAGGGAGGGUGGGAGGGUAGGGCGAGGAGGGAGGGGUAGGAGGGUAGGGUGAGGGGGGAGGGAGGAGGUAGGGUGGGAGGGUAGGGCGAGGAGGUAGGGAUAGGAGGGUAGGGUGAGGAGGUAGGGAUGGGAGGGUAGGGUGAGGAUGGUAGGGAUGGGAGGGUAUGGUGAGGUGGUAGGAAUGGGAGGGUAGGGUGAGGAGGUAGGGAUGGGAUGACAGAGUGUGGAGGAUGGGAACAGGAAGGUGGAUGAGGAGAGUAGAGGUAGGAGGGUUGGGUGGUAGAAAUAGGAUGGUGUAGCAAUGUUUUAAUAUUGACUGUUUAACAUGACAAAUUGUGUUCGGGGUAAAUUAAUAUAGUUUACCUAAAUAUUUAAUAUAUUAAGAUAGUGGUUAGGGGAGGUAAUUAACGGCAUGAACUUUGGGUUUUCUAACCUUUUUUAAAAUAAAUUUUCUUAAAAUUAAAGCUAUUAAAAUUGCCUCUUGCACACUCAAGAUUCAGUUGACAAACUUGGUCACAAUGAACGACGCUUACUAUUAUCAACACAUUUCUGUUUCUAUCCACUAACUUCUGUUCCUAUCCAUUAAUUUCUUUGUCUAUCCACUAAUUUUAUACCUAUUUAAAGAUUUCUGUACCUAUCCACUAAUUUUAUACCUAUUUAAAGAUUUCUGUACCUAUCCACUAAUUUUAUACCUAUUUAAAGAUUUCUGUACCUAUCCACUAUUUCUGUAUCAUCCAAUAAUUUCUGUAACUUUCCACUAUUUCUUUUUUCAUCCACUAACUUCUGCAUCUACUCACUAAUUUAUGUAACUAUUCUCUAGUUUCUGUAUCUAUCCACUAAUAUUUGUAUCCGUCCACUAUUAUCUGUAUAUAUCUUCUUACUUCUGGAUCUAUCGACUUAUUUCUGUGUCAUCCACUAAUUUUGUACCUAUCCACUAUUUCUGUAUCAUCCAGUAAUUUAUGUUUACUCAUUUCUAUAUCUAUUCACCAAUUUAUGUAAUUAUUCUCUAGUUUCUGUAGGCCUAUCUUUUCACUAAUCUAUGUAUUUAACAACUAAUCUCUGUACUGUAUAUAUCUUCUUAAUGAUGUAUGAAUCGACUCAUUUCUGUAUCUAUCCACUAACUGUUUACCUAUCGAUUAAUUUCUGCACCUAUUCACUAAUCUCUGUAUCUAUCAAAUAUUUUCUGUAUCGAUCCCUUUAUUUCUGUAUUUUACGACUCAUUUCUGUAUCUAUCCAAUAAUUUUUUUACCUAUCCACUAAUUUCUGUAGAUUAAAUCCCCUCAGAAUGUCCAAAGUGGUCGUAUGGCAGUAACUGUUCAAAUCUCUGUGAGAUAAAAUGUGGUGGCUUAGAUUGCAUUGAUCGGGUCAAUGGACAGUGUCCAGGUAGGUGAGUUUUGGGAGGGGGGAGGAGGUCACAAGUUAAGGACAAGACCUAGAUUAGACCAUUGUCAAACCAAAUAUAACUUCAUGACUUCAAUCACGAAAUCAAUUAUUAAAGCUGCUUGAUCCAGAUUACCAAUAAAGAGAACCUCUUUAUUGAAAGCUGCUUUAUCCAGAUCACAAACAGAGAGAACACCUUUAUUGAAAGUAUUUCAAAGUUUAGUUUAUUUGUGUAUCUCGAAAUGUCCUUAAAUCUCAAAGCGAAAAGAUGUCGUUGCUUUACUUUAUAGCGCACACAUUUCAAAAAUGUUGACACAUGUUUUUUAUAAGAUGCACACAAAUAUAAUAUAUCCCUAAUCAAAACAGCUAUAAUGAUAAUAUAACGUUAAACUGGCCAUUUUUUCACAGAGAAGGCGGACAUAUUGUCCUACUUACUAGUCCUCAUACUCAUACCGUUCAUAAUUGUCAUCGUGUUCCUAGUUGCAAGGUAUGUUCAUAUGAAUGUUGCUAUUUGUUCAUUCCGUGGGUAUCAUAAGCUCAUUUCGUCAUAUGGGUAAUACAUACGUUUAUAUCGUAGAUAAUAUACAUUAAUUUAGUUGGAACUUCAAGUGAUUUUUUUAGUUAUCAUUAAUGAGUAAUAUGAAUUCAUUCAGGUGUACAAUACGCUCAUUUUUAUGGGUACUUUACUUGAAUUAAUUAAUAUUAUAAUGUACAUUUCAUUGGUAAAAUAAUUUCAUGUCGUUCAUUUCACGGGUAAUAAGCCCUAAUUUGAUAGGCUGACCUAAGAAAGGCUGUAUGUUAAUUUUAAAGGCUGACCUAAUAUAGACUGUAUGGUCAUUUUAAAGGCUGACCUAAGAUCGACUAUAUGUUAAUUUUAAAGGCUGACCUAAAAUAGACUGUAUGUUGAUUUGUUUUCCCUCUAUAGCACAGUUAUAAAAACUGUUAUCUUACUUACAGACGAUGUUAUGACACUCACAGUCAGUAACACAAAAACAAAAUAAGUGACAAGACAAAUUAAGUAACAGUUAAGUCAUACGACAAAAUAAUAUAUGUGACAUAACAAUAAGUCAUGUAACACAACAAUAAGUUAUGUGACACAACGAUAUAUCAUGUCAAUUAAUUGUAAGUCAUGAUACACAACGAUAAGGCAUGUGACACAAAAUAAGUCAUGUGACGCAAAAGUAAGUCAUGAACAGAACACCAUAUGACAUAUGUAGACAUGUGAAAAAACAAAUGAUGUGACUGUUCCCGUUAAUCUUUUGUCUUUGACUUCCAGUCCCAGAAAAAGGCAGUCCUACAGGUCAAGUGACUACCUGACCAGGACAGGGAAGAUCAAGAGGUGGAAGAAGCAGCUCCAACACUCCAGGUCUCGCUACGGUCAGCAGGCGCGUGACAUACAUCACGUCACCAAACAGUUGCGUCACGAGGGCGGUAUCAGUCCGAGCAGUGGUCAAUCUGGUGACUGGUCAACCCAGGUUUUGGUCAGCCCAGG